AUGUUUGCAGCUGAGGAAAACCGUAUUGACUGUGGGCGAUACACAACAAAUUCUAAACAUAUAGAAUUCGGCCCAUGGCAUAUUUCGUACGAUGUAAGUUGCAUUCUGCCUAGCGUGUGUUCGACUAAACUUGUUUGUGAGAGGGAUGAUGACCAAUUCUGUCAGUUUUGUAUAUACUGUAAGGAACUAAGAAUUCCCCACUUUCCAGACAUGGUCUUUCCUAAGAAUACUUUGAUCUUAGCUCACAAAAGUGGUGCUAAAAUAUUUUUCAACCCAUUGGAUGCAUUGCGUGGAGUAUCCUGUAACAUGGAUGCCAUUGAGGUAGCUUGUGCUGAAGCCUGGCAAGAGUCACGGCCAGAUGCAGAAAAACCAAAGAGGACAUUUGACUGGACUUUUUCUACAGACUACAAAGGAACUUUAUCAAGUGAUAUAUUAGUGGAGCCAACUGAUGAAACUAUAAAUUUUGAUUUGCUUAAGCGCAAAGAACAAAUUCUUUUUUAUCAUGACCUAACCCUAUUUGAAGAUGAAUUACAUGAUCAUGGUAUAUCUAAGCUGUCUGUUAAAAUUAGAGUGAUGCCUUCUUAUUGGUUUGUACUAAUGAGGCAUUUCCUGAGAAUCGAUGAUGUAUUGGUGAGGGCUCAUGAAACUAGAAUGUUCCAUUUGCUUAACACAGAUUAUGUUAUAAGGGAAUUUAGCACAAAGGAGGCUAAAGCAAGAGAUUUGAACAUUCCUACAUACUUAAUGAAAGAAGCUGACGAUGUGUUACCAAUUCUUCCUGUAAAAGAAAAAAUACUUCAUAAAUUAAUCAUAAAUUCCAAAAAUAAU